GUGCGACAAGCGGCCAACUUCAAGUUGAUUUGCUUCUUCUUUCCCUCUUUUGGUUUUUUACUACAACCGCAAAAUGGUCCAGCGCUUGACUUUGAGGAGACGUCUCUCAUACAACACCAGAUCCAACAAGAGGCGCAUUGUUCGCACUCCCGGCGGUCGUCUGGUCUACCAGUAUGUGAAGAAGAACAAGACUGUGCCACGCUGCGGCCAGUGCAAGGAGAAGCUUAAGGGCAUCACCCCAUCCAGGCCCAGCGAGCGUCCGCGUCUCUCCAAGCGUCACAAGACCGUCUCUCGCACAUAUGGAGGCGUCCUGUGCCACGGCUGCCUGCGCGAGCGCAUUGUACGCGCCUUCCUUAUCGAGGAGCAGAAGAUUGUGAAGGCUCUGAAGAGCCAGCGCGAGGCGCUCGUCAAGCCCGUCAAGAAGGUGGAGAAGAAGCCCGUCAAAGCGGCGGCUGCCAAGAAGCCAACCGGCAAGACUGGCGCCAAAUCCGCUGUCAAAACUGCAUCCAAGAAGCCCGCACCCAAGGGUGGCAUCAAGCCCAAGAAGUAAAUAUGUUAGGGAAUUUCAUUGAACUAAGAAUUGGACGCUUCGGAAGCAAUUUGUAAUAAACAACAAAAAUACAA